UACUGUACGACGCUACCGCAAGAUUGGACUGUAAGCUGAUAUUUGAAUUCCAUUUUCUGAUCACCAUGCCUGCCACAAGAGGCAUUGGAGAUAGGUCUCCAGCUCAAGAAUCUGACUUCACAAAUGCAGAAAGUAUACACUCAGAUGAAGGCGCGCUGCAUGGACGACGAGGAAAGAAAGGGAAAGCUAGAGCAAGAGAUGAUGAAUCAGAGGCUAGUGCAGAACCUGUUACAAUGUUUGAGAUCGUUAGACAUGGAAAGAGCGCCCUUCAGACUGUUGUUGAUGACUGGAUCGAGUCUUAUAAAAUCAACAGGGAGGAGGCUCUCUUGGAUCUCAUUAAUUUCUUCAUCCAUAGCUCAGGAUGUAAGGGAACUGUUACUGCGGAGAUGAUGACAACCAUGGAACACAGUGACAUCAUUAGAAGGAUGACCGAAGAGUUUGAUGAGGAAACCGGCGACUACCCGCUCAUCAUAUCUGGCCAGUUCUACAAGAAGUUCCGGAGCAGUUUCUGCGACUUUGUGAGCGUCCUAGUGAGACAGUGUCAGUACAGUAUCCUAUACGAUCAGUACAUGGCUGAUAAUAUCAUCUCCCUUUUGACAGGGCUUAGUGACUCCCAGGUCAGGGCCUUCAGACAUACUAGUACCCUCGCCGCAAUGAAACUGAUGACAGCCCUUGUGAAUGUUGCCCUCAACCUGAGCGUGAGUCUGGAUAACACCCAGCGACAACACGACGCAGAACGUGCCAAGCAGUCGUCAAAACGAGCGAGUGAGAAGAUCGAGCUACUCAUGGCCAAGCGACAGGAGAUCAUGGAAAAUACUGAAGAGAUUCAACAGAUGAUGAAUAACAUCUUCAAAGGCAUCUUUGUACACAGAUACAGGGACACUCAGCCUGAGAUCAGAGGAAUCUGUAUGGGCGAGAUUGGUGUUUGGAUGAAGAAUUACAGUGAGAUGUUUCUCAGUGAUAGCUAUCUCAAGUAUGUUGGAUGGACACUCCAUGACAAGGUUGGCGAUGUCCGCAACAAGUGUCUUGUUGCCCUGUAUUCUCUGUAUGGAAAUAUUGAGCUUGUCCCCAAGCUGGAGCUGUUCACCAAUCGCUUCAAGGAUCGGGUGGUUAGUAUGACGCUGGACAAAGAGACAGACGUAGCGGUCAACGCUAUCAAGGUGGUCACUCUUAUCUUGAAAUACAACGAGGACAUCUUGAGCGCCGAGGAUUGCGAGAAUGUCUAUCAGCUGGUCUACUCCUCCAGCAGAGCCGUGGCGCAGGCUGCCGGGGAGUUCCUCAAUGAACGUCUUUUCAAACGGGAAGACCAGGAGAGUGGAAAGGUCAAACGAACUAAGAGGAGGAAUAUAAAUGCACCCCUGAUCAAAGAUCUUGUGCAGUUCUUCAUCGAGAGCGAGCUUCAUGAACAUGCAGCAUACCUUGUAGACUCUCUAUGGGAUAUCAAUGAAAUGAUUCGAGAUUGGGACUGCAUGACAGAACUACUACUUGAAGAUCCUGGUAGAGGGGAAGAAGCUCUUGAUGAGAGGCAGGAGACUGCUUUGAUAGAGAUCAUGGUAUCGGCCGUCAGACAAUCAGCUCAAGGUCAUCCACCCAUCGGGAGAGGAUCAGCUAAAAAGACUCUAUUGACGAGCAAAGAGAAGAAAGUUGUUCAGGAGGACAAGAUGAAACUGACCGAGCAUUUCAUCACCAAGCUACCAGAAUUACUUGCCAAGUUCAACACAGAUUGGGACAAGGUUGCCAAUUUGCUUGAGAUCCCUCAGCAUUUUGAAGUAGAGAUCUACACGACGAGCCGUCUGGACAAGCAUCUUGAUUCCCUUCUGCUUCAGAUGAGAGACAUUGUAGAGAAACACACAGAAUCAGAGGUUCUUGAUGCGUGUGCAAAGACCUACGAGACGCUGUUAGGUGAGCAGUACAGCACAACACCAAGGGUCCAGGUUGCCCAGAGUACACUCUUAGAUAACCUUGCAGAAAGACUCAAAAGAAGCAUCGAUGUUUAUCUUAUGACUCAGAAUCCAACCGAGGAUGACCUCUAUAACAUUUCAUCAAGUAUCAGAAGAAUUGCUUCCUUCUACAGCUGCCAUGACCUGAACCGAUGGGAGCUCUACGACUCUAUAUUCAGUCUGGUGAAGCGAUGUUCUGAGAGAGGAGCCGCCCCGGAUCAGAUCUUCACCUUGGCUAUAUCCUGCUGCCAUUACGCUAUCAUGUGGACCAUGACCAAGCUUGAUAAUCAGAACCCGGAAAUGAGCGAGAUGAAAAGGAUUCGCCGCCAUUGCAGUGAGCUGAUAAAGACAUGCUCCGCCCUCUUGAUCGACGGCAGCGAACAGAUCCGAGAGGAGGCAUUCAUCACAAUCUGUGACCUCAUGGUGGUGUUCAGCAGGCAGUUGGCCGCGCAGCCCGCCCUCGCUCCACUCGUCUACGAAGCAAACCUCACUCUCCAGACACUACUCUCAGACUUUGUGCAGGAGCAUGUGUUCGUGGAAGAAGAUGACGAUGAUGAAGAAGAAGAUGGCGAUGACUCUCAUAAGAUAGAGGUUCUACAUAAGAGACGUAACCUCCUUGCUUCAUUCUGUAAACUCAUUGUUUUCAGCAUCAUUGAGAUGAGGAAUGCAUCAGGAAUCUUCAAACAUUACAUGAAGUUUUACAAUGACUAUGGUGAUAUCAUCAAGAUGACUCUAGCCAAGUCAAGGGAAAACAACAAGAUCAGCUGUGCCAGAACACUUGGUCUUAGUCUUACACAGCUAUUCAAAGACAUGAAAGGUGACAUGGGAUAUGACGAAGCCAAGACACAGAGUCAACUCAAUGCUAUCAAGGAACUUGCAAGAAGAUUUUCUUUGACGUUUGGUCUGGAUCAGAUCAAGACUAGAGAUGCUGUCGCUGCUUUACACAAGUAUGUAUCCAAGGGAGUUUUUCUUUCCAGAACUAAAAGCUCAAGAAAAUUCAGGGCAUUGUAUAAUUUUGUCUAUAAAGUCAAAGGAAACAAGUUUAUAUGUAUGUUUUCAAUGAUUAUUAUUGUAAUUAUGUCAUUUAACCAUCAUAAAACCUUUUUACUCCUUCAAGAAUGCAACACAGAUCAUCAUGAAUCUCAAUCCGUGGUGAUCUUGGGUGCCAAACUGAUAUUCUCCUAGCAUUGCCAGAGUGAAUAUGGACAAACUGGAUAUUUGCACAGGGAUAAGUGUGUUGUCUAUAAG